AUGUGGGACUACAACGCGCGCUACCAGAACCUUAUGCACAACAGACAUCUAGAAGAAGCGACCACGGAUCUAGGUCUAAAGGAUCCAGCGGUCUUUGAAAAAUGCCUUGGAGUCGACGACUGCUACGUAGAUUUCCUCAAAUUUUUCGAAGAUGAAAUCACCCAGAACGGCAUGGAGGAGGUCGUCAAAGAGUACCUCUUCAAGGGGGACGCCCGGGCGAAUGAUAUUCUGGGUCGGAUGUUCACAGAUCUCGUGCAUCCGAUCAUCCAUCUUGGGUGUGGAAUUGAAUUCAAGCAACCAAGCCUUGUCGCAGAAGCCCUGGCUGGGGCUUGCGUUCAUGAGAACUGGCCCAAGUCCUUUCUUUUAGCGACAGAAGAAUAUGUCCGCACACAGGAGGACGUGCCAUCCCGGCCCAUGCUUGACAUCCUCAACAGCCUCCGCGAGAAUCCUCAGAUCGCCGGCGGGGUGAGGGAAACGGACCCCUUCAACAAGAUCCCUGACGGCUUCCUCAAGCGGGUGACCACCGAGCAGCUGGUCCCUUAUCUGAGUCAGUUCCAAGUCAAGCCCGAGAAGGAAGACUUGCAGCGCAAAAUGGCCGACAUGAUGCACACCACCGCGUACAUGCUCGGUGCGGCGCAGCGUCCGGGCAAGCGAGAAGCCAUGGACUUUGUCCUGCUGCAUGCGGUCACGCUUGCCGUGUUCUAUCCGGCCAUUCUGGCCCAGGACUGGCUGUCCGACCAGGACAAAGCCCGUCUGCUCGAGGCUACGGCACGUGUUGACGCCGUGAUGUAUGCCGGCUGUGCGUGUCCGCCGCUCUAUGCCCAACGGAUCACCGACUAUGUCCCACGACAUCCAGAGCAUGGCUGGCCGGAGCUGUUCCACCGUGCGAUUGUGUAUCGCGAUGAAGGGCAUGCAGCCAAGUUGAUCCGGGCGCUGUACAGUCUGGAGCAGCUGGACGAUCCGACGCCGGGUUUCCCGAUCACCAAGCAUGAUUUCUUCCAGAUUGCACACAUGGGGAUGGAUUCGAUCGAGCGGGCAUUGCACAAGACGGAGGGCAAUAAGGUGCCGGAAGAGACAGCCGCAGGGGUCGUGAAACGCGUAGGCCGUGGGGGGGAUAUGUUGGUGGGGAAUAUGACGCGCUGGGUAUUUUAUGGCGGACUUCCAAAAGCAUGGGACUACGUGCCGGGCUGUUCUGUUUGA